AUGUUCAAUUUAUGUUUUGUUCGAGGGCGUUCCCGUCAUCCUCAAAAUCAAGGUUGUGUUGAAAGAGCGAAUGGAGUUUUGUGUGAUGCGCUUGGAAAAUGGAUGUUGGAAAAUGAUUCUAGUCAUUGGUCUGAUGGUUUGUUGCCCGUUGUUUAUGGAAUCAAUACUCGAGUUUCUAGUACAACAAAAUCAACACCAUAUGAAGUGAUGUUUGGCCAAUCGCCUCGUUCUGAUUCAGAAUUUUGGAAGCUUGUUAGUCAAAAUGGAAUUCUAGAUGAAGAAGAUUUACCAAGUCCGGUUGUUAGUUUGGAUGAUGAUAUCGAAAACUCUACUGAUGUUGUUGACGGUGAUGUGAGUGUAAUUGUUGAAAAGUUAGCAGAGGAGGCUUCUUCUAAUUCGUUAUUCGAUCUACCCUCACCAGGACCAACAAAUGAUACAGCUGUUAUAGAGAAUUAUUUUGUAGAUAAUCUUAUAUCUUUUGAUUCUCCACAAAAAAACAUUGUUGAUUCAAAUACAAAUGAUCUACUCGGUUUUUUAGACGAAAUAGACCAAAUUAUGAAAGCAGCAAAUUCUGCUGCUUCUUCAGCAUCUCUUUCUUCCGUACCACGUCAUGAUCUUAUACAUAAAAGAGCUACAGAUAACUAUUUAAAAACAGCAAAUAAAAAGAUGAAAGCACAUGAUAAUUAUCUUGACAAUUUGAGUCAUAAAUUUAAUGUAAAUGAUUGUGUUGGUGUUACAAUACAUGAAGCAGAUCGUACAAAUGCAGAUGCUAAGUUUUUGCCAUGUUUGAUUGUUGAAAAAAUAUCCAAAAAUAAUUCUGUAAUCUUUCGAUUAACAUGUCAAUAUGGCAUACUAACGAACACAUUCUCAGUUGGUGAAGUUAUUGAUCUGAAAUCUGCUUGUCCGAAACCUUUAAAGGAAACAGAUGUUGAAGAUUUAGAAAAUAUUACUUUUAUCGAAGCCUGUAAGCUUUUUGUUCGUGGCUCCGUUAGCAGAAGUACUUGUGAUUGUAAAACAAAGUGUGCUACGAAAAAAUGUCCGUGUAGAAAAGCAGCAGUGGCUUGCUCCACCAAAUGUCAUUCAAAAAAAGUUCAUGCCAGAAUAUGGAAAAUUAGGCGGUCAGUUUGUAAAUAG